AGCACGCAGGAGGGGAUGCAGCAGCUGAUGCAACAGGCCACAGAAGACAACUAGAGCCCAGGCUGUGUUCUUCGGCCGCAGCCUCGCUCCUCGGCCGACACAGCGGGCUUCGCUCGGUCCUGAGCGAGAACCCCUCUUGCAUCCCCCCGUCCCGAGUUGGAUCUCGCCGCGCCUUCCGGUGCGCUUUCCGGUCCACUUCUCGAGGCAGGAAGUGCCGGGCGCCGCCACUGUAGCACCACAGCCCAGCGAUCGUCGCCGUCGCUCGUCGUCUCGCGCAGGGCAGACCGGGCUCUGGUGUCUGGCGGCGGUGAGUGGCGCUCGCCCCGGCGCGCGACAUCCCUCGGGCCUCCCCCCUCGCCCCCUCCCUUCCAGCCUCGCGCCCGCCGCCGGGACCCCGCCCCAAUAGACCCGGACGCCGGGGACCGGGGGCUUCGGAACCUGUUGGGCUGGGCGAAGAGGGUUGAUGAAGAGGCCCUGGCAGCGGCCGGGCCUGGGCCUGAACGUUGAGAGGCCGGGCAGCGCCAGGGCGGAUGAAGCCGGGCUAGGGAGACGCCCUGCUGGAAGAGGUGGCUGGGUACCGGGCAGCGCGUAGACCGGCCCUGCAUCACCCGGGUGACUUCACACACCUGGUGCCUCCGACCUCCCGCGGCCCCGCUGCCAGCACCUGCUCUGUGCCGCACACAGGGCUGGAUGCUUUGGUGGGUGCAGGAGUCUAGUGGUGCGUGCUUCUUUGCCUUAGGUGAAGUGUCCACGGAAACUGUUAAGAGAACCUGUACCGGAGUGCAUGGUUGGUACAGGCUAAAAUGGAACGAUGCCCAUAGGAGUUGUAACUCUCACUGUGUCUUGCAUCUUGUAAAGAUUCAGGUCAUGCGUGUUGAUGCAAGAAAAGGACAAAUCACAAGUCAAGAAAGAUUUCCUGAAGAAAAAAAUCGUAACCUCCUUGAAGACCUUAAAUUCAGCCCUAGGAGGUAGAACUGAAGUAUUUCUGGCAGGAUCUGUGGUAGGAGGUAACAAGAGGAAAAUCUCAAAAGGUGGGAAUUGUGUUGGGUGAAAAGGAGACAGUGGGGAGACCAGCCUGAAUGGAACAAGAACUAUAAUGAGUAAUAGGUGGGUAUAAGGGUAGAUAGGUAGGUAAGUGAGACGUUUUUAUGGAUGUCUUGAAAACUUGGCCAGAAAUAACAGAUUAUGUAAGAGGCAUUAGGCAGUCAUUUUGGAUUCAUUACUAAGGGAGUAAUAUGAAGAAAGGGGUGCUUAGAAAAUUAGUUUGGCAGCCUUUGUUUAAGAUGGAUUUGAAAUGGUCUUUUCGUAAGAGAAGAAUCAUAGCAUUUUUAGAAUUCAAAAGAACCUUAAAGAUUAUCUUGUGAAAUAGAUGACUUGUCGUAUAGAUUAUCUUUCAUUUUAUAAUUGAGGACAUUGAAACCCAGAGAAGCGAGAUAAUUUGCCCGAGGUCACUUGAAGGACUCACGUGUGCCUCUCAUUUUCUUUGUAAGCAUUAGGUGGACCCCACUGGGCCUCAUAACUAAGUGCACAGCUUUUUGUUUGUUCAGGCACUGUUGAAUGAAACAGCUUCUAUAUUGGAUGGCUUGAUGUUUAUUUAUGCUUUAAUGAGACUGAGCUUCGACAGGAUAGACUGAAACUUCUGAAGGACAGAUCCCCAGACCGUUGCUCAUGUAUCCAGUCAUUUGAUCCUCGUAAUUAGCACCAACAUUAGUCUUGACUACAAUAAUGACCAUGGGAAUCCAUGAGAAAUUUCUAAAGAUUUUGUUAGACCUUGAAUUAAAUAGCCACCAUGUCGAGCAAAAAGGCAAAGACCAAGACCACCAAGAAGCGUCCCCAGCGCGCAACAUCCAACGUGUUCGCCAUGUUUGACCAGUCACAGAUUCAGGAAUUCAAAGAGGCCUUCAACAUGAUUGAUCAGAACAGAGAUGGUUUCAUUGACAAGGAAGAUUUGCAUGAUAUGCUUGCUUCUCUAGGGAAGAAUCCAACCGAUGCAUACCUUGAUGCCAUGAUGAAUGAGGCUCCGGGGCCCAUAAAUUUCACCAUGUUCCUUACGAUGUUUGGUGAGAAAUUAAACGGCACAGAUCCGGAAGAUGUCAUCAGAAAUGCUUUUGCUUGCUUUGAUGAAGAAGCAACUGGCACCAUCCAGGAAGACUACCUGAGAGAGCUGCUGACAACGAUGGGAGACCGGUUUACGGAUGAGGAGGUGGACGAGCUGUACAGAGAAGCGCCUAUCGACAAAAAGGGGAAUUUCAAUUACAUCGAGUUCACGCGCAUCCUUAAACAUGGAGCAAAAGACAAAGAUGAUUGAAAGAACUUCAGCUAAAACCUUCCAAUUGCUUUGUUUUUCUCUGUUUUAUCUCCUAGACACUGUCCCCCACCCGCAUAGACCUGUUGCAUGCAACUUAGUUUCACGGCUUUGCCUCUUUUUUUGAUGUAUUUAUUCUAGACCUUUCUGCCAUUUAGCACUUGUAUAAUCAGACUGCAAAUGGGGUUGAGGUUGUAAAUUGUUCUGAAAAAGAGAUUGCGAAUAAAAAUCAACAAAUGUGAAAGCCCAGGAAAAUAUAUCCGGUAUUUCUGGUUUUGCUGGAUUUUUACAUUUUUAUAUAAUAAAACACUAUUUUGAAAUAAA